AUGGCAACUCCAACAACUGGUGGUGCCGUGCUGGUGUCAACAACACCUCAGACGCCGGCUACCACGAGGAUAACGAGAUCAUCACGAGAGUCGAAUUUCCUUAGUCCGGGUGGUGGUAGUAUGGACAAGGGGACAGGGGUGGUGUCUGGACUCUCUCUGAAUGGAUACCAAGAGCCACGCCGGCGGUGCGACCAAUGCCCUGGGGGCCAGCGGCACACGCUAUGCACCCACCAUAACCUGGGGUACAACAGCCAGUCACAUUCCUCUCAGCAGCAGCGCGAGCCCGAGUUUAUCCUGUCCUCGUCAGUUGCAAGUGCAAGUGGAAGUGGAAGCAGAAGCGGAAGCGGAAACGGAAGCCACAGCGCCGCCGCGCUACAAGGACCAUUAACAGGGACCUCCUCAGCGGCACACAACCAUCUCCAACGACCCCGCAGGAUCUCGAAGCUCAAGCACCGCUCCCUGACUGCCACACUGGCGGACCUUAAGAAUGCCGGCUCCCUCAGCAACAAUAACAUUGGCCGCCCCCGAAGCAGCGGUUCUCCUGUCACCCAAGCCACCACCCAGCAAGAACAAACUUCCCCUGCCGGCGACGACAUGGAACCGCCCGUGCUCUCCUUUUACGGCACCGAGCCCGUCCCCCUUCCCAGCCGCUUUGCCCAGAUCAAGCGCAGUCUCGUCGCCGGCCACGAAAAGGAGCUUGAGGCUUCGUGGGCCCGUCUGAUAGCUGCACUACGCGAUGAGGUCGACAACAUUGCCUCGCGCGGGUCGUCAAUCACUCCCAGCAUCGACUUCACCAACAUCUCCAACCCGUCCAAAAAGUCAGACUUCGCCCGCGACCUCAAGCGCUAUGGUCUUGGCGUCAUCCGCGGCGUCGUGCCCCAUGCCGAUGCGCAAAAGGCCAUAGAUGAGACCGUCAAGUACCUCGAGACCAAGCACGACUUCAAGGAUCCCACCCCCCAAGAUCCGACAUGCUUCGACUUCUUCUGGAGCCCUGCCCAAGUGCGCACCCGCGCCCACCCCAAGGUGCUGCAAGCACAGCGCUUCGCCAUGUCGCUCUGGGACAAUGAUGCCGACGACCGCAUGGCAACCCGCUUCCCCAUUGCAUAUGCCGAUCGUCUGCGCAUUCACGGCGCCAACAUCGGCGGAGUGGGCCCCGAUGCUGCCGAGAAGAAGGCAAGCGAGGACCCUGCCGCCGCAGAGGCCCAAAAGGCUGCAAUGGAGCUCCUCGGCGACUUCGCAUCCUCUACCGUCAUCGCCCAGGUCGACAACGGCAGUCUCGAGCGGUGGGAGUCAGACGGGUACGGUCGCGGAGGCACCUACGACGCCGUCUUCAAGGGCGAGUGGGAGAAGUACGACCCGUGGGAUCCCACCUACCGCGUGACCGCAACCCCGGAUCUCUACAACGGCUACGGUGCCUGCAGCAUCUUCCGCAUGUACCAGGGCAUCGUGGCUCUCAGCACCAUCGACCCGGGCAUGGUACGGCUUCUCCCCAGCCCCAAGCUCGCCACCGCCUACUUCCUCCUCCGCCCCUUCUUCUCGCCCAAGAACCCGCCUCCCGAGCGCCGCGAAGGUCCCGAGUGGGACGCCUUCCUUGACGCAUCCAACUGGUCUCUCGACGCCGAGCAAAGCACCAUUAUCCACGGCGCCGUCCCCGGCCACGCCCAGCGUCUCACCGAGCUCUGGCAUCCGCACCUGCACCUCCGCCGCACCCUCACCACCCUGCCCACCCUGCAAACAGGCGAUUACAUCGUCUGGCACCCGGAUCUGGCCUACCACAUCACCUCCAACCCCAACACCAUGGCGAGCCGCGCACCCACACCACCACCUCCUGGGGCAAAUGGCGACGAUGACGACUCAGAGUCACCAGUAUCAAAACCCGUGUCGAUCCUCGUCUACGUCCCCGCCGCCCCGCUCACCCAGACUAACGCGCUGUACCUGGCUCGCCAGCGCAAGACCUUCCAGCGCGGACACCCCGGUCCUGACUUUGAUUCUACGGGAAGCGGUCUAGGCAGCGAGGCGUCGCACUCUGGCAGGCCGGGCGAGACGGAGAUUGCCGAGGUCGGCGGGCCCGCGGGCUUGCAGGCCAUGGGUCUGGCGCCGUUUGAUAUUGCGCCCACGCCGACGAGCAACUCGAGCAAUGAUGGCGAAGCAGAUGCAGACGAGGAUGUUGAAAUGGAGGGUACCACUACCAAGGCCACUACAUCCGAUAAGCCCGGCAGCCCAAGCUCAACGGAAAUGAUUGGUGGUGUGUCAAACACGCCCGUUAGCAGGGCUGAGGCGGAAGUCGCGAGGAUGGCGAAUAUCAUCUUGUUUCCUGAUCGCUAUGAUUUCUAUAUGGGCACUAGGCGGGCCUCGACGACGGCGACGAAGAGGAAGAGGUCGUCGGCGGAUGUGAACGACGAGGAGAAGGAGAACGACAAGGGGAAGAGGAAAGAAAAAUCGCCAAUCACCAUUGUAAGCAAGGAGGUCACGGUGCCGGUGACGGUGCCGGUUCAGGUGAAGCAGGAGCAGGAGAAGGGGAGAAAAGAUAGCAGCAGCAGCAGCAGUGCUUGA